GGCAGGAACUCGCGAAACUUGUGGACUAUUGUUUGGAAAAGGCAGGAAAUAAAUUUACUGUUACGACAUUCUUGAUUCCGAGGUAGCAUUCGACGAGCGAUGCUUGCACUAUGGACGAGGAAGAGCUCGUCCUGCAAUUCACGGAAGAACGAUCUUUGAUUACCUUUGGAUGGGUAUGUUUCCUCCGGUUGGUCUGUGUAUCUGCAUCUAGCGAUUUUCGUUGGAUUCACACGCACCCUUCGCAAGUUCGCAAUCCUGCGGGUCCUUAAAUUUAGCACAGAACCUCUUGCUUACUGGUCCUUUGCGAAGGCUUUAUGUCGUCGGUUGGCCUGCAUACACAUUCUGGAUUCCAGUGUAUGCUUCCGGAGUCUUUUGCCUUUGUUUGCGCACCAAAGUUCACUCCCAACUUUGAAAUUUUCUGCCUCACCGACCCCUCAGGCUCGCAAACAACUUUGGACUGCAAUGUUAAGGAAGCCUUCCGCCCGCACCCAGAGGUGCCGAUCUACACCGACGCAGACAAGGGGCAGGUGCAAAUGAAAGACAUCCCGCUGGAGAUCGUGGAUCUGCGAUGAUGCAGGGCUCAACGUUUUCCUGACUUUGAUCUAUAAUUCACAAACGCAGCAUUUCUGACGCUUGGCAUCUGUACAAUCCGCAUCCAUUACCCCCUACAUGCACACGCCUUCGUAUCGGAUAUAGCGCCUGUAAGAUGACAGUGGUAUCAUCCAUGUAAUGGACAGGCAUGUCUACAUUAAGCAU